AUGAAAGCCUUUGACCCUAACCGUACUUAUGUUUUUGGUUAUGAACCACAUUCAGUUUUGCCAAUCGGCAUUGUUGCACUAGCUGACCUCACAGGUUUCAUGCCUCUUCCAAAAGUUAGAGUUCUUGCUAGCAGCACGGUGUUCUACACACCUUUUUUGAGACACAUAUGGACAUGGUUGGGUCUUACACCAGCAACAAAGAAAAAUUUUAUCUCCUUGUUAGCAUCUGGCUAUAGUUGCGUUUUAACACCUGGUGGAGUGCAAGAGACAUUUCUCAUGCAGCGUGGCACUGAGAUUGUUUUCCUUAAGGCACGAAGAGGAUUUGUCCGCAUAGCAAUGGUGAAAGGCCUACCUUUGGUUCCAGUUUUCUGCUUCGGUCAGUCAAAUGUCUAUAAGUGGUGGAAACCAGGUGGGAAGUUCUUUUUGAAAGUUGCAAGGGCUAUCAAAUUCACCCCAAUAUGUUUUUGGGGAAUUUUCGGAUCUCCAUUACCGUUCAGAUAUCCAAUGCAUGUAGUGGUGGGAAGACCAAUUGAGCUCGCCAAAAACCCAGACCCAACCAACGAGGAGGUUGCCAAGGUACAUAGUAAGUUUGUGGAAGCACUUGAAGAUCUCUUCGAAAGGCACAAAGCUCGGGCUGGCUAUCCAAACCUUGAAUUAAGAAUUGUUUGA